CUAGCGGAACCUUCGCGAACUUUUCCUUCCUUCGCCUCUUCUCUGUCCUUUAUUAUUAUUAUUUUGCUUCCAUGGCCGCCCAGGCAACGUUCAAAUCUAUCAAGGCUAUCAUCCCCCUCCUUGACCGAGUACUCGUGCAGAGGUUUAAACCGGAGACGAAAACUGCGUCUGGGAUCUUUCUACCCACAUCUUCAAUGACAGCUCCAUUACCAGAGGCGACGGUAAUUGCUGUUGGUCCCGGGGCACCAAACAAGGAUGGAGCUGUUGUUCCAACCACAGUGAAAGCAGGCGAUAGGGUACUACUACCUGGCUGGGGUGGCAAUUCGAUCAAGGUGGGCGAUGAGGAGUAUUUCCUGUUCAAGGACUCAGAGAUUCUUGCCAAAAUCCAGGAGUAAAUCCAUGUGACUCUGGCUGGGUGGCGAUCGGCCAUUGGCUCGAGCAAAUCUUCUCAUCUUUAUCCAUUAUACUAAUGUCAUUAUUUGCAUCGAACAAUCCAACACAUCACCCCACUCUCUGCGGAUCUUCUGAAUUGAUGCUGCGCCAGUAUAAUUACCAUGUUCUCUGACGAUCACGCAAUACCCACGGGGCCAACAGCUUCUAUUCCCAGGGAUCAUACUAUUCAUGAAACCUUUUCGAACCCCACGCAACAACAUCAUCACUCCUCAG